AGAAGAAGAAAACGAAGCUGUUUCCCUGCUUCCUGUUGUCUGACUCCAACGCAACAGAGCCACAACAAAAUGAAGAGCUCACUUUUAUCCAUGUUCUUUGACAUGUUUUAUUGACAGAGCGGGCUUUGUUUCUCAGUGGAAUUUUUGAGGACUGUUAUAUUUCAUAUCAGCCAUGCAGUUGUCUCCCAACAAUGGGGACUUUACGUUCGUCUCGUCGUCAGAAGCAGAAGAGCUGAGUGGAACCAUCAGUGCCCCGGAUAUUAAAUUAAAUAUGGGCAGUGAUGGUGGUAAAGAUCCAUAUGCCACCACGUUUCUGAGACAGCGAGGCUAUGGCUGGCUGCUGGAAGUAGAGGAGGAGGAUGGUGAAGAGACCAAGCCUCUUCUGGAGGAGUUGGACAUUGACCUGAAAGACAUCUAUUACAAGAUUCGGUGUGUGCUGAUGCCAGUGCCAUCUCUGGGUUACAACCGGCAGGUGGUAAGAGACAACCCGGACUUCUGGGGCCCUCUUGCUGUGGUGCUGCUCUUCUCCAUGAUUUCUAUUUACGGACAGUUCAAGGUUGUGUCAUGGAUAAUAACAAUCUGGAUAUUUGGAUCACUAACCAUCUUCUUGCUGGCCCGUGUACUUGGUGGUGAGGUGUCUUACGGUCAGGUUCUUGGAGUGAUUGGAUAUUCCCUUCUUCCACUCAUCGUUAUAGCCCCUCUGUUCUUAGUGAUUGGAGGUUUUGAGUUGGUAUCCACAUUAAUCAAACUCUUCGGCGUAUUCUGGGCUGCAUACAGUGCUGCUUCACUACUUGUUGGGGAUGAAUUCAAGACUAAGAAGCCACUUCUCAUCUACCCCAUUUUCCUUUUGUAUAUCUACUUCCUUUCAUUAUAUACUGGUGCCUGAGUGGAUGAGUCAAAACUUGGACCUUUUACUGAAUGUGCGCUCAAGAGCACAAGGAACAAGUCAUACUGCAGACCCAGGAUUUUCCUUUUUCAUUUCAAAGGAGUUUCUUUCUUUUCUUAAUCUCCAAGUAAAGACUAUGGGGAUAUUGGGCAUAUAUAUUACUGUGUAUAGUUUUUUCCCCCCACCUGCCUUUACAGCUUAAACUUUGAUAUGCAGACUUCCUCUCCACCGGUGCAAUACAGCCCCAAUAGUCCUGCAUUCCCCUGUAGCUCAUGAAGACAGAAAUAAUGAGAGUUAGUGUUGUUAUAACUACUCUUUUUAUGCUUUAUCUCUGAAGAAUGUGGUGCCAAAUAUUUGUGUGUAUAUUAUGUUCAUAUGGAAGAUUUUAAGAAAAGAGAUGGCACCAUAGAGGAAGACAGAUUGCUAACUAAUGUUUGACAUUAUGAGUAAUGUUUGUGUAUGAUUUUAAUUUUUCCACAAUCUUAUUUGCUUAUUUCAUGACUUUCAAAUUGAUGAUGAUCAUCUGGGGAACUUAAGGUGAUAUAAACCAUUGUGUAGUAAAUGUGGUGCCUUGUCUAUCUACCA